AUGGCCUGGCCCGUAACAGUUUUUGAAUCUACCUGCAUCUGCGAUUUUACGUCAAUAAUCGUGGCAAUACCACGAGAUUCUUCAACAUGUGAUUCAAAACUGUUGUUUUAUUGGAAAAAGGGUGAAUUCGUUACUUCAUAAAUAAUGAUUGAUGAGACUGAAAAUCGCGUGACGGCAGAACGCAAUGGGACGUUACUCUCACGAACCGGUUAAUGCGACUAAGUCGUGCAGAGCACGCGGCUCCAAUUUGCGAGUACACUUUAAGAAUACCCAUGAAACAGCACGUGCUAUUAAAAAUAUGCCUCUACGGAGAGCACAAAAAUAUUUGAAAAAUGUGAUUGAACAUAAGGAAUGUGUACCAUUCCGUAGAUUCAAUGGUGGUGUUGGCAGGUGUACUCAAGCUAAACAGUUUGGCACUACACAAGGUCGUUGGCCCAAAAAGUCAGCUGAAUUCCUACUGCAACUAUUGAAAAAUGCAGAAAGUAAUGCUGAUGUUAGAGGAUUAGAGAUUGACCGGCUUGUGAUUAAUCACAUUCAAGUGAACCAUGCUCCUUUCUUGCGAAGAAGAACAUACAGAGCUCAUGGUCGCAUAAACCCUUAUAUGAGUUCUCCUUGUCACAUUGAAGUAAUUUUGACGGAGAAAGAAGAUUUUGUUGUCAAAAGCCCAGAAGAAGAGCCUUCCAAAAAGAAACUGAGUAAGAAGAAACUUGCCAGGCAAAAGGAAAAGAUGAUGAGGGAGUAAUUUUAUAUUCUAAUUGGAUAUUAAAUGUAUCGUGGAAGAUUAAGAUUACACUGUUCUCUACUUUU